AUGGAUCCAACUCGCAAGCGGCGCGAAACGCCUCAGCCUCAGGAUGCAGCCGUCGUAUCCAUUUGCUGGAAAGCAGUUGGACUAACAAGAAUGAAGCAUAGCGCAUCGCUGACCUGGGAGUCUGGCACAUCGGAGCAGGGCAAGGAGCGGGUCAUCAGGGCCAUGCCAAGGCCGGCUCUGGUCUCCAUCCGUGAGGCCCUUGGCCCUGCUGCUUUCCUGCUUCUUGGAACUCUGGUAUCGAUUGCGACGCACGCCUUCUGCAGUGCGACUGGCUCACUGUCAAACAUGAUGGAGUACGGACGGAUUCUCCGGUUGACGCUGGUGCCUACGAUAGUCUUCUUACUACUCUCGUUGGUUUCGGUGGCGUUGACAACACAUUACUGGAUCAUUGGCGAUUGGAUUGUCCCUCGAGGCAUUACCGUGACCACAAACGAAUUCAGCCAGCGGACACAGCAAUAUGUUACCGACGACACCAUCGUUUACUUUACAACUGCCGAUGCCGAUGCCACUAUCGUCUCUGGAUGUCUUAACUUGGCCGCCGCUGUGAUUUCGCUCAUUGCUUGGAGUAUCCUGCGAAAGCCGGGCAUGGACUCUCAGCUCGCUGCGGGUAAACGCCGUUUCUAUGUCAUCGGGGUCAUUGUCACAUCGGUUGCUGGGGCUUGUUCAGCACUCGCGUCCAUCGUUCUACACUAUACAGAGCGGGGCGACAACCAAUAUGGCUGCACCCCCGAAAGACUCAUGAUGGGAGGCAAAAUGAACACCAACAUGUAUUGCACAAGAGAAGCAGCUGCCUGCAACCUCCAGCCUCAGUACCUUCGUGGAAGCGAUCGCUCGAAUGCGGAGGUGGCCUGCAACGAAGCUCUCGUUGUAAAGUGGUUUCAAAUCAUCUUGAUUAUCAACGCAUUGAUUGUUUUGGCCAUGUUCAGCGUCCAAGCACGUUUAAGACGAACCACCCGCGACACCAGGAUGGCCAAGGAACGAGAAGCAGCACAGCAAUGA